UUUCUGUUCGAUAAUUCUAUUGCAAGAAUGUCAUAAAUUAGUAAACGAAAAAGUGCAUUCGUUUGUGUUUGAUGCAUAAAACAAAAUUGAUGGUCAAAGUGAUAACAAUUUAAAAAUUACCUCGAAAUGGAAUGGUGUCGAUGGUAGCUGUCAAGUGUGGUGUUGAUUCAUUAAUUACUGUGCCAUUUGUUGUAGAAUUGGUUUUGCAUAAAGUGUGCUCAUCAAACAAGUUUGACGUGUCGUCGGACUACAGGCUACGUUAUUUAUUUCAGCUGUUUAGUGUGUGUUCUUUGUAAAUAUUGUCCUGUUGUCUAUAUUCAGUUGAUUUUAGAUCGGGUUUAAAACAUUUGAUACGGCACAUCCAUACGCACACAGACACACAAACACUUCCGUCAAGUCUACGCAAUCUGUUUUAUGAAUUAAAAAAACUGAAUUUUCACUGAAUCAAAAUUAUUGGUUGUUAGCCAUGAAUGUGCUGGACGUGAUUAAGAAAUUGGAUGCUUAUCCCAAGACGCUGGAAGAAUUCAGUCAAAAGACGAUAUGUGGUGCAGCAGUUACAUUGAUUAGUUCAAUUAUUAUGAUAUGGUUGCUCAUCUUUGAAUUCUAUGCCUAUUUAACACCAAACAUCAGUGAAGAGCUAUUUGUAGACACAACCAGAAGUCAUAAACUUAAAAUCAAUCUUGAACUCUACAUUCCGACGAUUUCAUGUAAUUAUCUUAGUUUGGACGCAAUGGACUCCGCCGGCGAUCAGCAUUUGCACAUUGACCAUAAUAUUUAUAAACGAAGAGUUGAUUUAAGCGGAAAUCCAAUUGAAGAAGCAAAAAAAGAAGAAAUCGCCACAUCGACAAAGAAGCUACAACAAAACGCUACAGCCGUCGAAAAGCCAACCGAAAAGCCAUCUUGCGGAAGUUGUUACGGUGCCGAAGUGAAUUCAACACAUUGCUGCAGCACUUGUCAAGAUGUAAUUGAUGCAUAUAGAGAAAAACGAUGGAAUCCAGAACCGGAAAAAUUUGAACAAUGUCAACGUGAAAAUUACGUUGAUAAGGAGGGCGAAGCGAAAAAACUUGCAUUAAACGAAGGAUGUCAAAUUUACGGAUAUAUUGAAGUGAAUCGGAUGGGCGGUAGCUUUCACGUGGCACCAGGAAAGUCCUUCUCACUUAACCAUAUUCACAUUCAUGACGUGCAUCCAUACUCAUCGUCGUCCUUUAAUUUAUCGCAUGUUGUGAAGCAUUUAUCGUUUGGUGAACGAAUCAAUUUUGCAAAUACACAUCCUUUGGAUGGCAUGGAAGUAUCAUCCAAUGAAAGUUCAAUGAUGUUUCAAUAUUAUAUCAAAAUCGUACCGACAAUGUAUGUUAAAUUAAACGGCGAGACCGUGCAUACAAAUCAAUUUUCGGUAACGAGACACUCGAAAUCAGUUUCGAUAACAUCAGGCGAAUCUGGAAUGCCGGGCAUAUUUUUCAGCUAUGAACUUUCACCUCUUAUGGUCAAAUAUACAGAACGAGAGAAUUCAUUGGGUCAUUUUGCCACAAAUGUUUGUGCAAUUAUUGGAGGAUUGUAUUCGGUUGCCGGUAUCAUCGAUUCGAUUUUGAAUAGUUCGCUUCAUGUUAUUAAGAAAAAAAUUGAACUUGGCAAAUUCAGUUAAACACAAAAUCUCGUCGUGUAGAUUCAGCAAUUGCAUCUCGUUCGAAUGUUAGAACUUACAUAAAACUUCUUUUUUUUGUGAAUCUAUAGGCUAUAGCCUAUAAAAAUUUAAUUUCCCCAAUUUUUAUUUUAACAAUCAAAUGUACAGACCAAAUCCUAUAAAACAAUCCCAUUUUGACUAUAGAUUUUAUAUCGAGAAAUAAAUCUGUACUUUUCCAUUGCAAGUAAAAACAAAGCACAGAUAUUCACUACAUUCAUGUAAAUAAAACAUGUUUUUGUGUAAUGGAGAGUAAAUAAAAAAAAAUUACGUUUACCUCGAACGCGAUAAGCAAUAAAUUGUUUAAAGCAAUGCCUAGAGAGAUAUCAUUAGAUAGUUUCGGCUUGAGAAAUGGAAAAUUGUCAAUUGAUUAUUCAAAUCAAUUCAUUCCAAUUUAUUGAUGAGAAAUUGAAAUAUUUAUUGAAUUGUAUGCUACGAAAUGAAAUGAAAUAGUUGAAAGAAAAAAGGAAAAAAACAUCGUUUCCAAUUAGAUGGCAGCUUUCAUUCAAUAAAUUAAUAGUAUCGUUUCCAAUGUAUAGAACAUCAAAUUUGUUUAAUUUAGCUAGAGAAAAUAAUUUAAUACUUAACAGUAAAAGACAU